UUCUAGUUUUUUAAACUCUCUCUUUUCAGGUUUUCUUAUUAAUCGAUUCUGGUGAGGUUUUUCGAAAUCUCUACUUUUGCGAUCACUAGCUCUGAAGGGUUUAUUAUCAGAAUCAGAACUGAACAUUUUCUCUACUGGUUGUUCCAACUUAGUAAUAAUGGUAGAUAAAACUCACACAAGAUGGGUAAAGUUCUUCGCGAGGAUGAUUUCGGAUCAGACCAAGAUGUUGCAAUAGAAAAAACAUUUCAAAAAGGGCCAUGGACACCAGCUGAAGACCAACUUCUGAUAGCUUACGUUGAUAAACAUGGUGAGGGUAAUUGGAACGCUGUUCAAAAACACUCUGGCCUCUCUCGCUGCGGCAAAAGCUGCCGCCUUCGUUGGGUGAAUCAUCUGAGACCCAGUUUGAAAAAAGGCGCUUUUACCGACAAGGAAGAGCAGCUUGUCAUUGAACUUCAUGCUUCUAUGGGUAACAAAUGGGCACGAAUGGCUGCACAACUACCGGGCAGAACAGAUAAUGAGAUAAAGAAUUUCUGGAACACGAGACUGAAGAAACUGCAGCGACUUGGCUUACCAAUUUACCCUGAUGAAGUUCUGGAGCAAGCAAUGAAUGCAUCAUCUCAAAAUGGUCAAAACUCAAACUCAUUGGAUGGUACUACUCAUCAUCAUAGUCAAGAGUCAUUGGAGCUAGACUGUCUCGAGAUCCCUGAAUUCGACUUCAAGUACCUACAGCUCGACAACUGUUCCUCCUACUACCAGUCUUUGCUUCGCAAUGUUCCCAUGGGUAACAUUAUGGGAUCUCCUUACAUGUCCCCUAACCGCAAACGCCUUAGGGAACCAGAGACAGAUUUUCUUGACACCGAUGGUUAUGCAACCAACGACGAGCAAAAUGCUCAGCUAUGGGACUAUCCUCAGUUCCAUGUUGUACCAGAAACUCAUUUGCUUGGCAGUGAUGCUACUUAUUCUUUUCCUCCUUCUGGGCCCGAGGCUGAGAAGUUGGAGCUCCCUUCAUUCCAAUGUUUCGACCCUCCAGGCGAUUGGGAAAGGCUGUUACACUCUAACCCAAUGCCGUUUGUUGAGAUGUCAGACAGUACUUUAGUUCAAUCUCCUCCUCUCGCGGAUUGUCCAUCUCCUGGGUUGUUGGAGUCAGUUGUAUAUGGAUCAUCAGGUGAAAAACAAGCAACAAAUACUGAUCCGGAUUCACCGCUGCUUCAGUCUUCUCUAUUUGGCCACAUCGAGCUCACACCAGCAGCCACUGCAAACAAUACAGGUUAUAUACCCUCUUUAGGCAUUACCAGUCGCUUUCAUUGUUUACGUAUUCAAUUCUCUCAUUCUUUAUCUGCAGAAACAGAUUUGGUUCGUUUCGGUCCAACUACUUCUAGUGAGAGACGCACAUCUCUUGAGAGCGGUGAUUGGAUAAGACAACUUCUUGGUGAGGAUAGGGACUACCACACCAAGUAGAAGAGGAUUGAUUCUCUCGAUGGCCUGAUGCACUCUUGUCUCUGGAAUCUGACUCAUCCCGAGUUCUUGUAGCUUGAGAUGAGAAAAGGAUGCACUCGUCAGCGUAUAUUAGUAGUCUGUAUGUCUUUACUUAUAUCAGUACUUGUGCCGACAAAAAAAAUAACGACCGGUUAGUUAUCUCUUUAGUGGCUUUUAUAAGCAACCAUCGUUGCCGCUGUCGUACGAGAUUAUAAUAAAAAUUUUGAUCAGCCCGCUACUAUGUUUUAGUAUCCGA